AUGCCAGAUCCUCAAAAUGACUCUCUACUACCAUCUGAGCCAGCUCAAGCAACUUUCCACUUUCGCCCAGCAACCCUCUCGGAUCUCCCUGCACUCGUCAAUCUCAUAGACCUCUCCAUCCGCCAGCUAUCCGUCGGCCACUACACACCCUCCCAAAUCGAAGGCUCCAUUGGCUUCAUAUUCGCGCCGGACACUCUCCUUAUCGACGACGGGACCUAUUUCAUCAUCUACCCUUCCACCCAACCAGAGGUGAUUGCCGCAGCUGGAGGGUGGAGCUUCAGGAAGACGCUUUACGGCGGCGAUAGAGCGCCUGGCCGUCUCCCCGCCCGCCGCGACCCCGCCACGGACCGCGCAAGCAUCCGCGCCAUCUUCACGCAUCCGGAGUGGUCCCGCCGCGGCCUGGGCAGUAAGAUGCUGCGGUACUGCGAGGAAGCGGCGCGCGCGGGCGGUUUUCAGAGGCUGGAGAUGGGAAGCACGCUCACGGGGGUGAAGUUGUACGAGAAGUGUGGGUAUGUGCGGAGUGGGGUGGAGGAUGUGGCGAAGUUGGGCAAUGGGGAUAGUCUAAGAAUUGUGCAUUUAAACAAAGAUUUAUAA